AUGGCGAAAACUGCCUGCAUUGAGCAUGCCUUGGCGGUCGUGAAUCUCUUUUGCGACCUCAACCAGGGUUGUACCAAGCCAAGGCUGCUUGAGUUUGCGACCGGUGUGUGCGUUUACCACGCUGUGCGGUUGAUCUUGUUUAUCGCGCACUCAUCGACUGAGCCGGAUCUCCUGAGCCUUGAGUUUGCUGUGAGUCGCGCGGAGCUAUGUCUGGCCGGCAUCAAGCGGUUUUUCCACGGGCUAGCUUUGGCACAACCUAUCCUCGAUGAUAUUGCGCGACUGAUCCAAGCCUUCUCCUCGGGCGGUUCUGCCACUGAGAGUCUUUCUGUAUUUCAUCAAGUCAACCAUGGCCGGCAGUCCGAUACCCGGAUUUUAUCUGCCGCGCGACCUCGACAACAUCUGGCGGUCCACAGUGUUUUGCAACAGGCCAGGUUCUCCCCGGAGGACCCUGCCCCUUAA